GUUUAAAAACAGUUGAAACAGCGAGAGGAGGGCACUGACUCAGAGUUUGAGUUUGUUUCUCCUUUCACGCCACACUCUUUUAAUUUCAAUACUUUGCUGUGAUGUCGAGCACCGGCAGCUCCCUGGCCUGUGAGGGGAUGUACUCCAAACUGAUAGACGACGAGGGCGCAUACGACGAUGUAAACAGCAGACCAGAUGUGGGACUCGGCGCUCAGCCAGUCUCCCCCGUCAGACUGAUCCCCAGGCCUAGCGGUCCCGGGCCCUACCGCCUCGCCACCAUCUGCCUGGCUACGCUGAGUGCCGUCCUGCUGAUCUCCAUUAUAGCCGUCACCGCACACUAUAAGAACAAACCGCAGGGCGGUGGUGAAGCGACGUCAGAGAUGCAGAAGCAGACGCAGGACGCAGACGUAACGGCUCUGACCGCCUCCAUCAGCAAACUGCAGCAGGAGAAGAACCAGCUGCAGAAAGAGAAGGACGAGCUGCAGAAAGAGAAGGACGAGCUGCAGAAAGAGAAGGACGAGCUGCUGGCCAAACUGGCUGGCCAGAUGGCCACUAAAGCUCCUGAGGUGAUUAAUCCAAUGACAAAUGCCCCUAUCGUCUGCUCCGUGGACUGGCAUCUCUUCAACCACAGCUGUUACUUCAUCUCCAGAACCACAAGGGAUUGGUUCGAGAGCCAGUCUUACUGCCAGAGCAAAGGAGCUCACCUGGCCAUUAUCCACACAGCAGAGGAGCAGACUUUUCUCUGGGAUAAUCUUCCCAGAGGGCACUGGAACGCCUUCUGGUUUGGGAUCAGUGACGAGCACACGGAGGAUCAGUGGAAAUGGGUGGAUGGCACCCCGCUGGUCGGAGGUUUUUGGGAGGUCGGCGAGCCCAACAACCACAUCAACGAGGACUGUGGCUACAUUGUGAAAACACAAGUGUUGGAGCGAGUGCCGAUUCGGAGCUGGUACGACGCUCCCUGCACCAUGUACUGGCCCUUCAUCUGCGAGAAAGAGAUGGUCGCUGGUGCCAGCACCGCCACACCACAUUGACACGCCCCUCCGAUCGUCGGAGGAAAACAAGCAAACCAGUCAGUAGUUUGUCAGCAGCUUAAAACCUUAUUUGGAUCUGACACAAUUCAGUCAGAUAUUUAGGUUCACAGGUUUACAGGAUGAACACAAGAUAAAUGAAAUGAAAUUAACAAAUGGUAUUCUUUCUCAUAUGCAACAAAGAUGCUCCGAUCUGUCCACAACACUGGUGAAAAAUCCUUCAAAUGGGUUAGCAGUAGUACGAAGAAAACUAAAGGUAGCUGUACUUCGCAGCAGUUUCUAUACUUUUAUGACAUUUUCAUACUGUUUUUAACCUUAACAUAUUGCUUAUUCUUCUCACUCACCUUACGAUGAAUAUCAUAUUAUAUCAUAUUGUUAAUAUUUUACUCAAAAGCCGCUGAAAUGGUAAUCAAGAAUCAGGAGUAUCAGAUUAUGAAUCACCUGUAAUAGAAUGUAUUACUGUACAGACAGUAGAAAUGCUAAGCUGGAGGUCAGUGGCUGUUUCUGAAGCCUUGGAGGAGGACUGUGGUGUUUCUACGUGUUACACAUGUAUCUGUGCCUUAUACCACAUAAAUAAUAUCGUAUUUCUUAUAUGAUUGUUUUAUGUUUUUGUUCAAUAGAUCAGGGAUUCAAGAUAGCGUUUAAUGUUUUCAGUAAUUUUUUUGCAUGUGAAAAGUUUUUUUUUAACAAUGAAUAGUGUUUAUAAUAGAUUUAUAUUAAGUGUACAUAACACAAGUGUCCUUACUUAUUUGUGCAUGAGUGUGAUUGUGUGAUGAAAUGUGUUCACUUCAGUAAGAAUGAUCUAUUUUAAUUUGAUGCACUUUUAGAUAAUUUAAAAGUUUUUUUAAAUGCAACAUGAAUCAAAUAUUUGAAAUUAUUCAGAAAUUUGUCCUGUGGAUCUUGUAAAUUAAUAAUAAAGAUAAUUGUUUUGUAUCA